GAGCCGGACGACCAGCGCCUGUGGAGCGAGCACCUCGCCGCGACCAGGCCAGAGAAGCUCUUCCUGCAGCUGAUCGACUACUCGAAGGACUCGGCUGGCAAGCCUGGCCCCGACCCAAGCGAUGGUGAGAUGUAUGUAGUCACGGAGGUGGCCGAGUGCAGCUUAAAGGACUACAUCGAGCAGCGUCGGGAGAGUCAAGCGACGAUGUCCAAAGACAACGUGCGCGCCAUGGCAAGGGCUAUGAUGAUGGUCGCCGCGGGCUUGCACGCCAAGGGCUUCGUGCACUUGGACCUGAAGCCCGCGAACCUUAUGCUUUUCAGCGGGGUACUGAAGUUGAUCGAUGUCGACGGUUGCAUCAGAAUCGGGACCAGAGUAUUUGGAGAACCAACAACCUCACACGCAUGGUCUCUGACGCUGCUCAUGUCCGCGCCAGCCCAUUCAGCAGAGGUGCCCGAGCUGGUGGUUGUCACGUGCGAGCCGAUCCUCAAGCUUGCGUUUGUGAGGUUCCUGCGGCGUGGCCAGUUCAAAGGCGAGGCCAGCAUGCUGUUCAUGGAGUGGCUAGGCUCUAUCACGAAGGUGCCCCUUCCCAAGUCCGUCGAGUGUUUCGACGAUGAUCUUUUGUCGCUGCUUGUGGAUUGCCUCCUGGUCGCUGACCCCGCGAAGCGCAGGACGCUGGCCGAGAGCCUCAGCCACCCCUUCGUCCGCCUGAGCAGACAAUCCACGAGACCCCUCAUGUUCGCGGUGGGCGUGCCCGUGCAGAGGAGGCGUGAGCGGAGGGAGGCGAGCGACCACCACGCCCUGCACAGGGGCGUCCUCUGGAAGCUGAGUCGCACCGCGGAUCCGGGCAAGAGGGAGCACUGGUACGAGCGGGAAGUGUGGUUGUCAGCGAACGGCAGCUUGUGUUACAAGAGCGUGUUGGAGGACAAGCAGCUGGUCCUGAUCGAUGGCCACCAGCUGGCGAACGCGGGCCUUGCCAUCUUCGAAGGGGGAUCCGUCGAGCCCGCAUUCGAGAUCACGACCUUUCAGGAUGACCAGCAAGAGGACGAAGUCCACGUAUUUGGGUGCGCGUCACAAGAGGACUAUUCAACCUGGAUGGUCGCUCUUGAGUCGGCGAGGAACGUUGCGGCCGCGACGAUGAAAUUGGGCAGCGGUAUGGCGGCGCAGUUGAUUGAGUUCCGUCUGAAACAUAACAGGCGGAUCAAGGUUGAAGGCGAUGGCAGUGGUGACCGUGUGCCGGUGUUCAAGGCUACACUGUGGAAGCUCAAACAAGACACCGACAGGAGCGACAUUAACAAUUGGCGCGAGCGGGAGAUGUGGAUAUCACAGAACGGGAGUUUGGCGUAUCACAGCGUGAGAGAGGACAGAGAGCUCGUCUAUUACAACGCCGACGACCUUGCCAAUGCCACAACUGUCGCGCUGGACGAGCCAGGGUCUUGCAAGCCCUGGGCUUUCCGUGUUCAGUUGCCCGCUCAGGGUGGAGUAGAAUUUGCGCCAGCCGUGUUCGCAGCAGAUUCAGAAGAUCUUCGCGCCAAGUGGAUCCAGGACAUCUACGUCAUCCAGUUCAUCAGCACCGUGAUGUACGCGUCCUACGAGCUGCAGGCCGAGGGCGAGAGGCCGCUGACGUGCGUGCUGCGCACCAAUCAGGAGCCAGGCUUCACCGUCUUCGUUUGUGCCACGGUGGGCUCACUGUUGCUGGGCCACUACGUGCUGCACUGCCACCAUGCCCUCGAGCCGUCCAAGGGCUCCGCCGCUCUGGCGCCGCGGCCGCAGAGGAUGGGCUUCAGCACGUUCAGGAGACAGCAGCGCGACUACGGGACCCUCGGCAUCGCGCUGGCCUUCUCGAUCGCGCUGGUAAUUUUGGGAACCGUUCUGCCCGCCUUCACUGUGAAGAUAAGGACCCCCUUCUUCUCGCUCGGGCCCUACGAGCACAGCCUGUGGAGCGUCGGGCUGCAGCUGCCGCAUCUGUCCGAGCGGCCCGGCAGCUUCCAGGCCGUCUUCGGCCAGUUG